UUCACUUCAGAAGUGCUCAAAUUUGAUUGAGUGGAGGAGGAGAAUAAGGGCUCAUUGAUUACUGAGCCGUGAGCUCUUGAACGGGACGAUAUUAUUCUCCGCAGGGCAGAAAGUGUUCUUGAAAAAGUUUUCUCUUGAAAGCAUGGCCAAAUAUAAGCCAUGGCGGGUUGGUUGCUGUCUCUGUAUCGUAUUAUUAGGUUCUAUAAUAUCCAUCGGUCUCUGCAUACUAGCCUUCGGCGUAUUUAUCCACAGAAGAUGCUCCGAGGACACGUUCAAGCACGCUGCGGUUUCUGCGGACUCGAAACUUUGCUCGGACAUUGGCAGGUAAAGUAGAAUAUGGUCGCCUAGAUCAUACAGCUAGUUAUAAUAAAUUAUCAUUUAUUUAAAACAUGUUAUCUAAAGUUGUACUGCUCUAAUGGGCUACCAAUGAUACAUGGAUUUGGUAGUCUGGUUAAACCGGUGUUGUUUGAUGUUAAUUUACCAAAAUGGCCAAGUUCAACUGGGUUCAAGCUGCGUGCCAUAUCAUGGACAAUAUAAUUGUCAUUUUAGUAGGGCAAGAACGCUCUUUACUGCAGUGAUUACAUAGUGUAGGCUAUUCAUUUUCAACUGAUAGCCAAGGUGCAGUUAGGUAUAAGCUGUUGGUAGCAUAGACUACUAAAUAGUAAGCAGUUUAAGAGAUUUGAGGGGCUAUCAUGGAGAUUAUACAGAACUAUUCAUUGUAUUGAACCCAAGUGACUUGAUUCAACUGUGACUGAUCAGAUCUAUAGCUUUACUUUUAUUUUUUAAAUGAAGUGUGCCAGCCAAGGGCAAUGUCUGUAAAUUCAGCACAUUUACGCCUACAAUAAGCAUUUGUUAUAUUUUUUUAUCAGUGACUUUUCCCAUGUAUUUUAAGCACAUUCUGACACUUUUGCAUAUACUCAGUUGGUUUGGCCUUUCCAUUCCUUUGAUAUAACCCCUAGCUUAGCAUCAACGUUGUGUUAAUGUGAGGGCUACUGUACCAUGACCCUAAAAUAGGUAUAAUUAAAUCAAGCAUGGCCAAUAGUCAGCUACCCCAGCAAAAACAUGUACCUCAACAGAAACUCUUCAGCUGAGGAGAUCAGCUUGCUUCUCUGUGUUAUAGGUCAUACCAUUUCCCCUAUCGCCUGCCAAGAGUUUCCACUCAUGAGCAAUGCAUUUACUUGUUCAGUCGUGUGAAGUCAUGUGAAAAUCUCAUAAUUCUUUUGCAAUAAAUGAGGCAUGAAGACACUCUACACUCUAAAAAAGGGUUCUUCAAUUGUUCCCAUUCGAGAACCUUUCAUGGUUCCAGAUAGAACCCUUUGUGGAAAGGGUUCUACAUAGAACCCAAAAGGGUUCUACCUGGAACCAAAAAGGGUUCUUCAAAGUGUUCUCCUAUGGUGACAGCCGAAGAACCCUUUUAGGUUCUAGAUAGCACCUUUUAUUCUGUUCAAAUAUUUUUUAUUGAACACACACAAGAAUGGUGUAUAGGUAUGAAAGACAUGUGUACAGUUCUUAUCUAAACAUAAGAGAACAGACAUGAACAACAAGACCCAGAGUUCUGGACACAAAACAAAUAUUACAAAACACGACAUACAGAACAGGGACAGGUAGAAAGAAAAAGGGUAGAUGUAACCCCCCCACUUAUACCCCCCUUUAUCCCCCCCCUAUUCCACCCUAUUCCCCUCCCGACUGCUCGAGUGUCGGGGCCAGCACACGCUGCCCAAAGGUAUAUAUAAAUAUGACAAUUGAGAGUGCGUUAAAAGUACAAAUUCACAGCACCGACUGGUCCAGGUAAGAGAGGAAAGGCUGCCAGAUUUGAUCAAAUGUUGAUAAUUUAUUGUUCAGAAUAUAUCUAAUUCUUUCUAAGUGUACAGUUUUUGCCACUUCGCUGAGCCAUAAUUUGGUAGAGGGCGCUUCCCUCCUUUUCCAAAACAACAAGAUUCAUUUUUUUGCCGAGAUGAGACUGUAAGAGAUUAGUUGUUUUUGGGAGUUGGUUAAUCCGUUUAGGGAGUCGGACACUCCCAGGAUUAUCAGAAGCGGGUCUGGGUCUAUUGAAGUCUCCAGAACUUCAGAGAGGACCCCAAAUAUUCCACACCAAUAACCAUACAGACUAGAGCAUAGGGCAAAGCAGUGGAGUAGUGUACCCUGCUCAGCCUGACAUUUAUCACACAUAGGGGAUGUAUCAGGAAAUAUCCUAUGCAGUUUAGUUUUGGAAUAGUGCAAUCUGUGUAAUACCUUAAAUUGUAUGAGACGAUGUCUGGAGUUAAUGGAGCAGGUGUGGAUAUACUCCAAGCUAUCCUCCCAGUCUGCCACCGAAAUAUCAGUCCCUAGUUCUUCCUCCCAUUUUGCCUUAAUGGCAUCUGUAGAGGGGAUAGCACCUUUUAUUCUAAGAGUGUAGAUGUCCAGAUGACCCAACAUGCAUGCACCACCUGACUGGAGGAGAGAGGAUGUAAGCAUAAUUAAAGUUGGACCUACUUUUAUGUGGUGGGACAUUUCCGCAGGGUGUACAAACUAAACAAGCUUUGUGUUGACACCAUGGCCUCUCAGAUCCCACUACUGUCUCCUCUGUUGUUGUUUAACAAAGAGAGGGAAGGAGAAAGGACAAGGCUUUUAAUACUUACAUUUACAUUUUAGUCAUUUAGCAGACGCUCUUAUCCAGAGCGACUUACAGUUAGUGAAUACAUAUUUUUUUUUUUUUUUUUUAUACUGGCCCCCCGUGGGAAUCGAACCCACAACCCUGGCGUUGCAAACGCCAUGCUCUAUCAACUGAGCUACAUCCCUGCCGGCCAUUCCCUCCCCUACCCUGGAUGACGCUGGGCCAAUUGUGCGCCGCCCAUGAGUCUCCCGGUCGUGGCCGGCUGCGACAGAGCCUGGAUACGAACCAGGAUCUCUAGUGGCACAGUUAGCACUGCGAUGCAGUGCCUUAGACCACUGCGCCACUAUUUUUUGACCCUAUCCUUGGAAAGACCUUUAUUAGCACUUGAAGGGAAGUUAUUAUUUUGGGAUUGUGUAUAGUAGGCAGAAUCUACCGCACAUCCAGAGCUGAUAGGUGAAGGUGCUGGAGGCAAAAGGCUAAACUGGCGAAAUAGGAAGAAGUCUCUGCACACUUCCAUUCAGAUACGCAUUUCUUUAAUUGUAGCUGAGCUUUCGCUUUUCUACACCGAUGAUCAUACACAAUUAUUGCCUGAUGAUCUUCUGAACUUCCCAAUACCUUUCUGAUGCAUUUUAAUCACUUCAAACCAUACAGUGCCUUACAAAAGUAUUCAGCCCCCUUUGUGUUUUUCCUGUUUUGUUGCAUUACAACCUUUAAUUUAAAUUGAUUUUUAUUUGGAUUUCAUGUAAUGGACAUACACAAAAUAGUCCAAAUUGGUGAAGUGAAAUGAAAAAAAUAACUUGUUUCAAAAAAUUCUAAUAAAUAAAUAACGGAAAAGUGGUGCAUGCAUAUGUAUUCACCCCCUUUGCUAUGAAGCCCCUAAAUAAGAUCUGGUGCAACCAAUUACCUUCAGAAGUCACAUAAUUAUUUAAAUAAAGUCCACCUGUCUGCAACACCACUAAGCAAGGGGCACCACCAAGCAAGCGGCACCAUGAAGACCAAGGAGCUCUCCAAACAGGUCAGGGACAAAGUUGUGGAGAAGUACACAUCAGGGUUGGGUUAUAAAAAAAUAUCCAACACUUUGAACAUCCCACGGAGCACCAUUAAAUCCAUUAAUAAUAAAUGGAAAGAAUAUGGCACCACAACGGACCAGACAAGGAGGGCAUUAAUCAGAGAGGCAACAAAGACAACAAAGAUAACCCUGAAGGAGCUGCAAAGCUCCACAGCGGAGAUUGGAGUAUCUGUCCAUAGGACUACUUUAAGCCGUACACUCCACAGAGCUGGGCUUUACGGAAGAGUGGCCAGAAAAAAAAGUUAUUGCUUAAAGAAAAUAAUAAGCAAACACGUUUGGUGUUCGCCAAAAGGCAUGUGGGAGACUCCCCAAAAAUAUGGAAGAAGCUACUCUGGUCAGAUGAGACUAAAAUUGAGCUUUUUUGCCAUCAAGGAAAACUCUAUGUCUGGCGCAAACGCAACACUUCUCAUCACGCCGAGAACACCAUCCCCACAGUGAAGCAUGGUGGUGGCAGCAUCAUACUGUGGGGAUGUUUUUCAUCGGCAGGGACUGGGAAACAGGUCAGAAUUGAAGGAAUGAUGGAUGGUGUUAAAUACAGGGAAAUUCUUGAGGGAAACCUGUUUCAGUCUUCCAGAGAUUUGAGACCGGGACGGAGGUUCACCUUCCAGCAGGACAAUGACCCUAAGCAUACUGCUAAAGCAACAGUCAAGUGGUUUAAGGGGAAACAUUUAAAUGUCUUGGAAUGGCCUAGUCAAAGCCCAGACCUCAAUUCAAUUGAGAAUCUGUGGUAUGACUUAAAGAUUGCUGUACACCAGCGGAACCCAUCCAACCUGAAGGAGCUGGAGCAGUUUUACCUUGAAGAAUGGGCAAAAACCCCAGUAGCUAGAUGUGCCAAGCUUAUAGAGACAUACCCCAAAAGACUUGCAGCUGUAAUUGUUGCAAAAGGUGGCUCUACAAAGUAUUGACUGGGGGGGUGAAUAGUUAUGCACGCUAAAGUCUUCUGUUUUUUUGUUUUAUUUCUUGUUUGUUUCACAAUAAAAAAUAUUUUGUAUUUUCAAAGUGGUAGGCAUGUUGUGUAAAUCAAAUUAUACAAACCCCCCAAAAAUCUAUUUUAAUUCCAGGUUGUAAGGCAACAAAAUAGGAAAAAUGCCAAGGGGUGUUAAUACUUUCACAAGCCACUGUACUUACAUUUACAUUUUACUUCCUUCAGCUUGAAAUACUUUCAAAGUACUGUCAGGGACCCAAAUAAAAAAGUAAACAUUGGCUGUUGAUUACAUUAAGUUUUUUACAUGGUUGGGUCGCAAAACAUUUUUUUAUAUCCAAAUGGGGUCAAGGGCCAACAAAAAAGUUUGGGAACCCCUGCUGUAUUGUGGGCUGUGUUUCCAGAGAUAUACUGCUACAAGGAGGAUCGGCAGUAGAUGGCGCCAUUGCAGCUCUGUUGUGCACCUCACUGGUCAACCCUCAGAGCAUGGGCCUGGGAGGAGGCUCCAUAUUCACUGUUAGGGACAAAACUGGUGAGUCUGUUCUUUACUGAUCUUUGCAUUUGUGGUACUUUACUGUGGGGUUUACCCAAUAAGGUUUGUUGUGGAAUUGUAUAACCUCUGCAUUUCUUUAUCUAUCUAUUCUCAGGCAAGGUGAAAACCUUCAGUUCGAGAGAAACUGUCCCACAGUCAUUCAAAGCUGAUCUGCUGAAGGGCUGUCCCACAUCUGUCACAUUUAUCACAGGUAGGUAGACCUGCCAAUAAAUAAAUGAAUGAAUGGAUGGAUGGAUCAAUACACAGUAUGAAUGUGUAUACAUUGCAUGACAACAGUUAACUGAUUUUUACUUUUAAAUUCAAAUAACUCCCAGACCAGUAAAGGAGUAAUGCAUUUUAGCCAUUCUAACAUCAAAUGUGAGCAAACUACAACACCAUUUCUAUACCCCUUCCAUGUCUAGUCUUGCUCUCUGUCCUGGAAUGUGGCAGGAUGUCACACCUCUCUUUUUGCUUGUGUGUUAGGGCUCAGACACUCCAAUUGCGUUUGCUGACCGGGAGUACUUAGCACCUCUGAACAGAGUGCCAGCGGUCAUUUGUUUACCGAGUGUGCACAGAUUUUACAUCAAAAAACAAACAAAAAAAUUGUCAUUUAGCAGACGCUCUUAUCCAGAGCGACUUACAGUUAGUGAGUGCAUACAUUUUUAUACUGGCCCCCCGUGGGAAUCGAACCCACAACCCUGGCGUUGCAAGCGCAAUGCUCUACCAACUGAGCUACACGGGGUAGCAUCGUGUGAAAAUGUCGGCAGUAAGACGUUUACAGCGGGUGGUUCCUAAAACACAGCGCGCUGAACGAUCAGCAGACAAACACUAAAUCCACAUUCAGUGCGGUGUGUGCAAGCUUUAACAUCUCUUUUUGCUUGUGUGGACCCUGGCAGGUAGUCAGUGGAUUGGCGUUCCUGGAGAGUUGCGUGGGUAUGAGAUGGUUCACAGACUGUAUGGGAAGCUGCCCUGGGCCAAGCUGUUUGAGCCCACCAUUAGACUGGCCAGAGAGGGAUUCCCUCUGCCACCCUUCCUGGGAUACCUCCUUAACAUCACACUCAUAGGAGACCGGGUGAAAGAAACAUCACUCUGGUAGUAAGACAUCUCACACUUACAGACAGGAACUCAAAUAUGUACAUUUGUUUUCAUUCUAACCAUACUCUAAGGACUCUGGUGUUAAAUGAAGUCAUUGAGGAUUGCACUUGUUUCGAUUGAUUGUAAUGGUGUAUGUGUUGAAAUUGUAGUAUUGUACCUUGUAGUUUUUUUCUUGUUUAAUUUGGAAUGUAAAUUUGAUUGAUUGUGAAAAUGUUUGUAUUCAGGGCACCAUUAUAAAUGAGACCUUGGUCUCAAUUGGGCUCCAUUGAAUAAAUACAAGUAAGAUACGCUUAAAUUGCAUUUAUCCAAAUGUCAGGUCAAUAAAGUAGUUUCAUAGUGCAUAAAGUACAUGUAUCUGAGGACUUUUCAGUCAGAAAAGUCCAGAUAUCCAGUCCUAUUACCCUAGCAAUGAAGCUAAUAAACUUGUUUAGAGUUUGACACCUUCACUGUAGUCUUGAUCUGUGGGCUCAGACCAAGUUCUCAUCCGUAUGGUUAUGCGGUACUAUACACAGACAGAUUGCAGAGGCUUUCCUGAGUACAGACUGUAGACCAGUGGAGGUUGCUGAGGGGAGGACGGCUCAUAAUAAUGGCGGGAACGGAGCAAAUGGAAUGGCAUCAAACACCUGGAAACCAUGUGUUUGAUGUAUUUGAUACCAUUCCACUUAUUCCCCUCCCCAAUUAAGGUGCCACCAACCUCCUGUGCUGCAGACACAGACAGACUGCAGAGGCUUUCCUGAAUACAAACUGCAGAUACAGACAGACUGCAGAGGCGUUUCCUCGUCUCGGCUCCUCUCCUCUCCUCUUCCUUUUACAGAACAGACGUGUGAGCAGUAGCACAGGAGCUGUGUGGGGAAUGUGCCCUUGGCACCCCAGCAGAUGGAGAGGGGGAUUCACAUAUACUCAGGGAUAAUAUGAGAAUGGAGAUAUUAAUGAAAUUACAGAGAUCUAAUGUUUGACAGUUGCAAAUAUUCUGUUCUAUCACUGUAAUCCAAUAAAGUCUCAUAACAUCCGGAUACCACUGUAUAAUAAUGCAUGUUUAUGUUUGUUCUCUGGUCUUUUCUCUGUUUAUGGUUGGUAUGGUAUAUUAAAGGCAUUCCCCUCUUCCAGUGAGGUGUUCUGCCACAAGAACAAGACGGUGCUGGGCAUAGGAGACACAUUGAAGUUCCCUAAACUGGCGGAAACCAUGGAAACCAUUGCAGAACAAGGGGCAGAUGCCUUUUACACUGGCCAAAUUGGACUUGACUUGAUCCAAGACGUAAAAGCAGCAGGUGGGCGAGAUUUAUGUCUAAAUGAGAAAGUGCGAGAGAGAGAGCGAGAGAGGGAGGGAGGGAGAGAAAGGGGGAGAAAUGUAGAGGGAAAAGCAGUAUCCAAAAAAACAUUUUCAUGAAAACUCCAGAUUGUUAUAUUUUCUUGUCCGUGCAAGGAUUGCUAACAUGGAUGGACAUACUUUGCUCCUCAUUAUAUUUUAGGUGGGACCCUUACCAUGAAGGAUCUGAAGUCAUUCCGAGUCAGAGUGGAGGAUGCCUGGACUGUUCCUCUGGGAGAUUACCAGAUGCACAUCCCUCCACCUCCUGCAGGGGGAGCCAUGCUCGCCUUCAUCCUCAACCUCGUUAAAGGUACCUAAUGUGGUAGAACACUUUCACAAAUCUUUCAACUCAAGUCAGGCAACAGCUACAGCUAUAUCCAGAAUUGUGAAAUAUUGCUUUGUAACCAUUAUUUUUAAAGUGUGUUGAUGGUGUGGCAUUGUGGUAGCUCACAAUCAUUGAACAGUUCCAAAAUGUACCUUCACCAGGUAGUAGAGAUUUGACUGGCUGUUUGUGACCUUUCCCAGGGUUCCAUUUCACCCCCAGGUCGAUGGAGGGGGACCAGAAGGUCCUGACCUAUCACCACUACAUAGAGGCAGCUAAAUUUGCUAACGGACAGAGGAGGAGCAUUCACGAUCCUGUAUUCAACACUAAAAAAGUAAGGAUCUAAGAGAACUGCCUCUCUAUAAGUGUACUCUGUACUUUUACACACUAAUAUGUGAAAUCAUAAUUUUUUUUAAUGUAGGAUGCAUCGUAUAUGGUGGACUCUGACUUUGCUGAUCAGAUCAGGCUAUUGAUCAGUGAAGACCGUACCUACAACGACUCCUACUACAACAUAACACCUUCCCCUGAUCGCUUUGGGACCACACACGUGUCAGUCCUGGCUGAAGAUGAAUCUGCAGUCUCUGUCACAAGCACCAUCAACCAAAUGUGAGCCUCUACCCUCACUGAGAUAGAGAACAUUGCAGAACAGUACAUCCCUCUAAAUAGAACACUGUCUACUGUAUUAGAACACAAUCUCCUUCUAAAUAGUAAUAUAACCGAUGUCUCGACGGAAAAUAAACCAGCUAACACUGUAGCUUUUGGAGUUGUGUACUCAUUUCUCCCGGCUAAUAAAGCAGUCUUUCUUUCUCUCCCUCCAGUUUUGGUGCAGGGAUUUACUCUCGUAGAACAGGCAUCAUUCUCAACAACGAGCUGGCUGACUUCUGUUUUAGAGCAGAGAGAGUCAGUGCAGGUACAUAGAUAACAUCUUCAAUUUAGUAACCUUUUUAAAUGAAUGUAUCACUUAGGACUACCUGUAUAACCUUUAACUGGUCUUCAUGGGGUGAUAUCUUAUUAUAUUAGUCUAUGGGUGAUAUCUGUGUAUAUAACUUUGUCUCAUUCCUCACAGGUGAACAGCCUCCCUCUUCAAUGGCUCCAGCUAUACUCAGCUCUGGGAAAAAUACCCUUGUAAUUGGGGGAUCAGGGGGUAGCAUGAUCACGACCGCCAUGGCCCUGGUGAGUCUAUUGAGUCAGGUGUCUUAACCAAUUUCUACCACAUGUCACAAGUCUGACUGUUCCUUUUCAACCCAGCACCUUUUUUUUUUUUAGAAAGGGAUUCAUAGAGCCUCAUCAACUCUCUCUCUCUCUCUCUCUCUCUCUCUCUCUCUCUCUCUCUCUCUCUCUCUCUCUCUCUCUCUCUCUCUCUCUCUCUCUCUCUCUCUCUCUCUCUCUCUCUCUCUCUCUCUCUCUCUCUCUCUCUCUCAUUUCAGUCCAUAAUGAACCACCUUUGGUUGGGGAUGAGUUUGAAAGAUGCCAUUGCUUCUCCUGUAGUGUUUGUCGAUGGCAACAACAAUGUGAUAUUUGAGCGUGGCUUUGAUAAGGUAAUAUCCUUUCAUUAAAUCAAUGACAAAUGACAGCCAAGGUCACUGCAAUUGGCUGUCGAGUGAUGACAAAGUGAUGUCUAUUUUUUUAUAGCUAAUAUCUGCUUGAUUGUAAUAGCUGCCUGAGAGCAGUGACCAUUUGAGAGACAUACAGUCAAAUCAUGAUUUUGAAGUGGAAUGAGUAAGGGACUGUGAGUGGUGUUUUUUUUGUUGCCUAACUGUCUGUCUGUCUGUGCUCUCAGUCAGUGAUAGAGGCCCUAAAGGUCAUUGGACACAGAGUGACUGAUUACCCAUACUUCUUCAACGUGGUCAAUGCUGUGGCCAAGGAGGACGAAUGCAUCACAGCCGUGUCAGACGUCAGGAAGCAGGGCAAAGCUGCUGGCUACUGACCAAUAGGACACCAGGACACUAAAAGUUUACCAAGACCAGGUGUGUCCUUACUAAGGCAUACAGCCAAUUAAUUGGCCUCAGAACACUGUAGAGUAGGUCCAAGAGGACUAUCAUUUUUGUGAGAUUUAUUUUUGUAGUUCAAUUAUCUUUAUAUAUGAAAUAUGUUUUCUAAACCAACAGUCCAAGAGCCUUAAGGAGAAUCAAAUGGUCCUCUUGAUGAAUGACCAAGUACAUAAAAUUAAAUGCUUGUUUUUAAUGACUAACUGUGCAGUACACAUACAGUAUAGCACAAGGGAGGUCCUGAAGGAAUUCAAAUGGGAAGAGAAGGUCAGUACAGCCUGUCAGCCUGUACUAACAUGGGACUCAUACUGUGACCACAAGGACUUGUCAGAUUCAGGACAGGACAUGUUACAACUCAAUCCUCCAAGUAAAUGUAUUAGUCCCUCUCUGGAGUGUUGCAGCAAUACUCUCAGAGACUCACACUUUGAGAUAAAACAGGCUUUUUACAGCCCCCUUCACAGUGUCAGAAAGGAAUUCCACGGCCUAAAAAUAGUAAAGCACCCUU